AUGGUAAGGAUCGAGUCUGUUGUUGAACAAGGAAGGACAAUUAGAAGAAGUAACAGAAUUGCUGAACGAAGACGAAUUACAAAUCUUGAGCAACAAGAGGAAAGAAUGGAAGAACAUCAAAUAACAGAAAUUCCAAUUGGAUCUCAGCGAGAACAAGGACAGAAUAAUGAUAUAGAUUAUGAUAGAGUGAGUGUCCAUACUGCAAUGACGUGUUCCACAGAGGAAGGACAGAGAAUUGAGAACGAAGAACCAGUUACAGCGAAGAAUCUUAGAUUACAAGAACAAAGGUCAAGGAGUGCUACACGCUCAAGGUCAAGAUCCAGUAGGAAUUCUCACCGAAAGAGUCAAUCUAAUAGAAGAAAUGAUAGGCGAAGGAAACACAUGGAAGUCAUCGAAGAAAACUUGCAAGAUGGAAAUUUGGAAGAUCAAAGGGAAAGGAGACGUAUAGUUGACUUAGAAAAUAAUCGAUAUGAACACCCACGCGAACUUCGUCGUCGUGCAAGUACUAAUUUUGAAAGGGAAGAAGAAGAUCUAAGGAAAGGACAAAUGAUAUUACAUGGCAGAGAAAUAUUAAGAGACGAAUGUGAGCACGAACGAGAGACUGCACGUAUAAGAGAUAGACAGAGAAGAAGGGAAGAAUUAGAAGAGAGAGAAUUACAAAGCGGAUUGCGUUAUAUUGAUAAUUGGGUAAGGGGAUGCAAGCGUCAUCGCGUAGAUGAUAUAAAUCAAGGUCGAGUUAUACCACAAGAAAGAUAA